UACGCGCGCACACGUUGCGCGUGGACGAGAUUACAACGCACACGCGGCGCGACGGCAUUGCGCGCCGUACGGUGCGCGCGCGAGGACGACACGGAACUGUCCGAAGGCCGCCUCGCGGCGGAACAGCUGGAGGAAGCGUGACGAGGGAGGCACGUCUGGUGUGCGUGCCGGGCGGCGGGCAAUAUGGAGAACGCGCCGGAACGCCGAGCCGUCGUCGCGUAGUGAGCCCCGCGUCGUGGGAUACUGUUAUUGCCGUUACCGUCGCCGCCCGUUGCCGCUGCCGCGCCGCUUAAAUGACACGGCACGAUGACGCGUUCGAAGAUCCAGAAGCUCGGCUUCUUCUUGUUCCUGCUGAUCUUCCUACUGGCGCGGACGGCGGUGUGCGACGGGAGUUUCCGGGAGAAGAAGGCUGGGACGGACGCGGACGGGAAGGCGGCCGUCGCCGUCGCGGACGGAAACGCGAGCGAUAAGGACGGCCAGAGGAGCGCGGCCGGCGCGGCCGCUGACGCCAGGAGGCCGCCGGCGUCCGACAACAGGACGCACGACGGCAUAACCUCCAAGCCGCCCCCGCCGGACGCCGCGAACAAAACUGCGCACACCGUGGACACGUCCAGUGAGUCCAGCGAAGGCCACACGUCCUUCAACACUGGUGCUCUCGUACGUGGCUUCUUAGUCUUCGUGGGACUAAGUAUCCUUGUCAUGGCCUACAUCGUGUUCCGUAGCUUUAGGUUAAAAAAGACACGCGCCCAGUUGGUCCGAAAAUACGGCGUCCUCACGCACAGGCAGGACGUCGAGAUGCGGCCGCUGCCACUGGAAGAGGAGGACGACGAGGACACAACUGUUUUCGAUGCGAGCAACGUUGUGACGAUCAACGCUCAGCAUCAAAGCACAUAGACGUGUGAGAGUAGUGUGAGAGUUACACCGUCGCGUUAAACACGUCGUCCGCGCAAUGUUCUCGACAUCGUGUCACUUUAAUGACAUCUAACUUUAUCGCGAACUCGAAGCGGAGGACUGUACGGGAGGACUAUCAAUUGCGAGACAGAGGUUCAGGCAUUUUUCAACGUCUUAAAAGUUAUUUGCUUUGCGCAGCAAGAUUAUUGACAUCAAAUAUGCAUCCAUGAUGCAAUUAUCAUUAACGUAUGCUUGUCAGCAGUAGAUGUACUUUUCCUAAAAAAGAAAACGAAGCAAAAAAGAAAAAAUACAAAAUAUUUCUACCAACACUGUCCACCCUGUUAAUAUUACUAUGUGAUAACACGAAAUUUUAGAUGUGUAUCGUAUGCGAGCUAACGAAGAGUUUAUGGGUGGCUAUAUCUCUCUUAUACAGAUUAUAUUUUAAUUAAUCUACGUUGUUAUAAUUAAAAUUGUACAAAAAGA